CGUUACUGGAGCAAGUUGUUUCCCAGCUCUGCCUGCGACGUGGGCUCAGUGGCGGUCACGACAACUAGCAGCGCUGCAGUCGAGUCUUGCUUCCGGAUUGUCUAGCCCACCAAGUUUGAAUAGCACUACUUAAGCUUGGGCGAGUUGUUGAUUCACACUAACACUUCACAGCGCAAGGAAACAGACACACACAAAAACAAAUUUCAAACACUCUAAGAAAGAACUCUCACAAUGCACUGACUCUGAUUUCUGUGGUGUAUUACACUUCAUCUUCAUCAUAUUUUUUACUAUCAUAAACACGGAAGCAAAAAAAGGAAGACAGGAAAAAGAAAAGGAAGCUCCCAGUGGUAGCAGACGACGCGCGAGACAGGGAAGCUAGAUCCGACUGCAGCGCCGCUAGUUCUCGUGACCACCACCUGGGCCAGUGGGCCACUCGCCUCUGCAGGAACUGAGCUUGCUCCAGUUGCUCCAGGCACCAUACUGUUGCUGCGGUGCCCGAUGGUCACCAGUAUCACACCAGGAGCAGUCUCGAAGUUGCUUUCCGAAAGGCUAUGGCUUCUAAAUAUGAGGGUUAAUAAAACACUCCCACCCAUCAUCGUUCGUCCAUAAAUCAGUUAACGCCCACGCUUUUAAUAUCGUCACGCGCGUUCUUUCUUGAAAUUCAAACAGUUCAUGUAAAGGAACUGCGCUGCGAGUGCAUGGUUUUAUGCUUUUCUGCUGAAAACGGUUAACAACGAGUACUCUAAUCGUGCAAGAUGUUUGUAAACAUGUUUACCUUCCCGCUCUGCCACGUGGGGAUCUGCGCCGAACGCGCCCAAAACGAGAUGCAGGUGCAGGCUGCGACACGAAACGGAUCGGCUAAUGUGACCCAUAUUCGACGGGCCUGUUUUGCGUGCAGCGUGAAAUACUGUUCGCACUUUCGGAGAACUGAACUUGCAGCGGUAGUGAAUUCCGAUGCUUGUCAUCCCUGGCGAAUCGAUCUUCCAGGCUUCUGCCGCCACCAGCCAGCACGCCAGCGCCUACCGGCUGUUGAGCUGCUGGCGGCUGCUCCUGCUCUGUGGCUGCUCUGCACUGCACCUCUGCUGCCUCUGCCUCCCUCUCUGCUCUCCUCGGCGCCGCAUCAGGUUUUCAGAAGGCGUAGCGGCAGCGGCGUAGCUUUGUGCACGGGGUGUUCGUGUCCGAUCGUGUUUCGUGUUCUGUGAUUUGCCUCUGAGCAGCGGUUUGCGUUUUCGCGAGUUUCCUUCGCCCAAAGUUUUUGUCGAUUUGAGCGAGCUAGAUUAGGAGAAGGUAGCUGAGACGUUGAGGUUGAUCGUCAAACGAGAGCGGUACCAUGUCGAACGGAACCGAGGUUUUCAGCAACCAAGUGGUCCCCCAACAUGAGGCUCCGCUUUUGGUGGAGGACGGCGAGUCGGUCGUUUCGGCCGAGAUGGACAGCGACUCGAAGCGGCCUUUUGUCGACGGACGAAUUAAAAAGAAGGCCAAGAGGCCGUCCAAGCUAAUAGCGUCCGGAGACGUGAGUCCCGUGCUGCCCACGGCGCCGAGAACGCACCCGCAGUACCGCAAGAACAGCCGAAGGCCUCGGAACGGUCACGGACGGGGGCAACCGAAAAAAGGUGGGGCAGGAGGGAAGGGGACCUGGGGCAAACCCGGGAGUGAGCUUUCGCUCGAGGAGGACGACGACAUCUCGGCGGCGGAUGCGCGCGACCCCAACUACGACUCGGACAACCAGGAGAACUGCGAGUUCGAGUCGAUUGUCCCGGAGCUCACGGAGGACGAGUUUGAGAACACAGUCUACCCACUUUUGCUCGAGUACUUUGAGCACGGCGACACCAACGAGGUGGUGCUGUCCCUGGAGGAGCACAACCUGAGCCAGAUCCGGCCCCACCUGGUGUGCCUGGCCGUCUCGUUGGCCAUGGAGCGCAAGCCGUCCCACCGGGAGAUGACCUCGGUGCUGCUCUCGGACAUGUACGGGCGCAUCCUGGCGGAGUCCGACUUUGAGACGGGUUUCCAGCUGCUCUUCAAGAGCCUCCCCGACCUGGUGCUCGACACCCCGGACGCCACCACGGUCCUGGGAAAUUUCCUGGCACGUGCGGUGGCGGACGACUGCCUGCCUCCCAAGUAUGUGCAGUUGAACUUCGAAGAGACGGACUGCACGCUAGCCAGGCAAACCCUGCAGCAUGCCAGCACGCUCCUGAGCAUGAAGCACGGACUGGUUCGACUCGACAACGUGUGGGGAAUGGGAGGCGGGAUGCGUCCCGUCAAGUAUCUCGUCAAGAAGAUUCAAAUGUUGCUCAAGGAGUAUUUGUGCUCGGGGGACGUGAACGAGGCCAUCCGGUGCCUGCAAGAUCUCGAAGUGCCCCACUUCCACCACGAACUGGUCUAUGAGGCGGUGGUCAUGGUGAUUGAAGACAUGGGUGACAUGGCCAUGGAAUUGAUGUGCAAACUGCUCAGAACUCUCGACGCAAGUGUCAUCGUCACGCCGGAACAGAUGAAGCGGGGAUUUGACAGGGUCUUCCAAGAGAUGCCCGACAUCUGCAUUGACGUGCCGGCUGCCUACACGGUGCUGGAGAAAUUUGUGACAAAGUGUACAGGAUCCGGCUUUUUGUCUCGGGAGAUAGCCAAGACCAUGCCGGCUAGGGGCCGCAAACGUUUCGUGUCUGAAGGAGACGGGGGUCGCCUCAAAGAAGACGCCUACUGAGGGACCCAUCUCCUGCAGUGUACAAUCCCCUCCGGAGCUUUUUUCCCCCGCAUGUUGUGAUGCCUCCGUGUAGAGGUGUUUAGAAAACCAUUUAAUGGCACCACUCUUGAUACACGGUGUUGUACAACACUCGCUGCGGGACGGGCUUGUGUGCCAUGUUGUAUACCCUCUGUACCUGCAGACGUUUUUUUUUCAUUAAACGUCUAUGAAGUCU